AUGGCGAUACGAUCCGUCGACGAGAUUGUUAACCUUUCAGACUCGUCCAAGAACCCCGAAAAACUGGCUUUCAAGGAUCUGGUCCAACACAUCGAUCCUCGAAUCAGGGUACGCGCUCCAAGGCACAACAGUCUUCACUUCAAAAUCCCCGGAAUGUUAUGGGGCCAUCCCGUCUUCGACGCCGACAGGGUGGAGAAAAUGAUUGUCCACCACUACAAGCGAAUGGGGUUCCAGUGUGCCAGGCUGGCCAAGAGGGAAAUACUCAUACAGUGGGGAGAGGGAGGACAAGGGGAAGAGGGUGGAAAUCAUGACUCGACCGAUGAUUCCACCCCAAGCAGCGACACCGAAUCCGCCGUUUCAACGGAGUCGUCCGACACGGCAACGAGCGAGGCUACUGAAUCCACAGACUCCUCCGACGGAGAUGACAGCCAUGAAAACAAGACCAAGUGCGUGACAGUCGAGCAGAUUCCGCUAAGCAAAAGGCUUUCUAUCGUCAACAACCAGCUACAACAAAACCCGUGA